UAUGAACUGAGUGUUUUGUUUACAGAAUUUUACUAAAACUAUUUCUGCUGUAUUUACGUGAUAUUUCAAUGUCGGACAACGAGUACGAGCGAUUCGAGAUAACGGACUACGAUCUGGACAAUGAGUUCAACAUCAACCGGCCCCGUGGACGCCAGAGCAGGCACCAACAGAUCUAUGGCAUUUGGGCGGAUGACAGCGAGGAGGAGAGCGGCGGCGAGGGCGGGGGCACGCGGAGGGGGCGGUCCGCCCGGAAGCCCAAGGAUUACACUAUGCCGGUCAGUUUCGUGGCCGGUGGCAUUCAGCAGGCGGGCAAAAAGAAGAAAAAGGAAGUGAAGGCAAAGGACGAUGGAGGAUCAGGGGCGGACCAGGAUGAGCACAGCGACGAGUCCACCGCCAGUGGUCGUCCGGCCUUCGGGCAAAGCGACCCGGACAGCUCCAACAGCUCGGCGGAAGAGGAGAGACCCUCUCUAAGCCGAAAACCCAUCAGUGCCCCCUUUCAACACCGCUCGCACAUCUCCAGUGAGCGAAAUGUAGGCGCCUGGGAACAGCAUACACGUGGCAUUGGAGCUAAGCUCCUGCUGCAGAUGGGCUAUGAGCCCGGCAAGGGUCUGGGCAAGGACCUGCAGGGCAUCUCGCAGCCGGUGCAGGCUCAUGUCCGCAAAGGCAGAGGCGCCAUCGGUGCGUAUGGACCCGAAACUGCAGCCAGCAUUGGUGGAAAGCCCACCAAGAGCAUCAAGGUGGAUGAGGAUGUGCGCGAAGCCAAGGAGUUCAAGGAACAGCUUAACAAGUGGCGCAAGGGAGGAACUGCUGGAGCCGCCGAUCCUGUCGAGCGGCAGGGAAAGCGUUACUACUACAAGUCCGUCGAGGAGGUGAUCGCCAAGGGUCACACAUCGAGCCACCUGCUUUCGGAGAAGCUGAGCAAGAAACUGGGCAAUGUGCCGGUGAUCGACAUGACGGGACCCGAAAAGCGAGUGCUGAGCGGCUAUCACGCCUUGGGCCAGACCAAAAUCACGCCGGAGGAGACGCUCUACGAUGCCGAGCCGACUGAAAAGGGAGCCGCUCCCGUCUGCGUGUUUGCCAUGCCCGAGCUGACCCACAACCUGCAGCUCUUGGUCAGCCAGUGCGAGCAGCAGAUCAUCGCCAUCGACAACCAGGAGCGUGAGUGCUCCAGCCAGCAGGCAUCGCUGGAGAGCGAACACCGAAAGCUCGAGGAGAUCGUCCAACUGGAACGGAAUCACAUUCGCACUCUGGAGGAAUCUCUGGACCGAGUGGAGCGGUUGAGCGAGAAUCCCGACUUGGCUUUGCCUCAGGCGGAACUACUCUUUCGGGAGCUACUCGAAGACUACGCUGCUGAGUUCCAGGAGUUCGGCCUGGCGGAUCUUGCAGCAGGCGUAAUUGCACCACUCCUGAAGAGGGAACUAGUCCAGUGGCAGCCGCUGGAGAAGCCAACGGAGCCAUUGCAGCUGAUUAAGAAAUGGCGCGCAAUGCUGCAGAGAGGAGAGCCGGCGGAGCAGCAGCCUCGCAACGUCUUCGAUCCGUACUCCUCGCUCAUCUGGGCCGGUGUGAUGCCGUCGUUCCGGGCCAGCAUCGCCGCCUGGCACUCCAAGGAGCAUCCGCCCAUGGCUGCCCUGCUCGACGCCUGGGCCCCCUUGUUGCCCAGCUGGGUUCUCGACUCGGUUCUGGAGCAGUUGGUAUUGCCUCGACUGGUGGCCGGCGUUCAGGAAUGGGAUCCCCUUACCGACACCGUGCCCAUCGACAGUUGGGUGCUACCGUGGCAUGGAAUACUGGGCAGUAAGCUGGAGGAGGCUGUUUACCCGCAAAUCCGCAGUAAACUGGGCGUCGCUCUGCGUGCCUGGUCUCCGCAAGAUAGGUCCGCCCGGGCCAUGCUCACGCCCUGGCAGCAGGCCUUUCCCGAGGAAGAGAUGCAGGAGUUUCUGCAGCGGCACAUUGUGCCAAAACUGCAGGCCACUCUGGGCGAGUUCGUUAUCAACCCACUGCAUCAGGACCUGGAGCUGUGGCACCAGGUGUGGGAGUGGCACGAGCUCAUUGAUCCCAUGUACAUGGCUCAACUGCUGGACAGGCACUUCUUCCCUCGCUGGAUGCAGGUGCUUGUGGUCUGGCUGAAUCAGAGUCCCGACUAUGCGGAGAUAUCGCGUUGGUACACCGGCUGGAAGAGCAUGUUGAGCGAGGCACUGCUCCGCGAGCCAAGCAUCAAGGAGCAUCUGCGGCGAGCUCUGGAGAUGAUGCACAGGGCCAGCGAUGCCCUGCUGCAGCCCACGAUCACGCCCACGGCUCCGCCGCCGCCAGUUCCUCCGGCCCCUGUGAUGAUGAUGGACCACCUGAUUCACCCGCCCGCCCAGCUGGAGUUUAAGGAGCUCGUGUCGCAGCAAUGCGCCGACUUGGGCAUCAUCUUCGCUCCGCUUCCGGGGAGACGGGAGAUGGGCAAACAGAUCUAUCGCGUGGGCAAGCUGUUUUGCUUCAUCGAUCGACACGUCUGCAUGGUCAGCGAUGGAAGCUUCAGCAACUGGCAGCCGAUGGCACUGAAUCAUCUGCUGGAACGCUCUCAAACUGGGAUCCUUUAAGUACAAGUAGCUGGUGUCCUAGAAGCAAUGGCUAACAAUUUUGUAAAAUUAAUAUCACGAGCAAAUAUAAGCACUUUGUAAGCCUUUACUUAUAAUGUAGAUUUUGUUCCUUAACAAUAAAGGGCUUUUUACCAUAGUUCAUACUUA